GUUGAUGACGUGCUUUAUUUUGGGGCGGUUAUUUUCUUGGAUGUAAACUGUCUGUUUAAGCAGUUCAGUCCGGGUGUUUUUGCAGCGAAGGAAGACGUGGGGGUAGUAAAUGCGAGUUGACAGAGCUAGCAUGUAGUGAGUCUGUAGCCUUUUUUUGAAUUUGCAAUAUGAAGAAUGGAAGAAGACGAUGUUACUAUCAGAGAGCAGAAUUUCCACAGCCAAGUUCGAGAGUACAUUGUAAGUAACGUACGGAGCUGCUAAUGAAGGCUAGCAGGCUAACGACGUCCUCUACUGACGGUUGCUAACGUUAGCUCUGUCUGUCAGUUAUUACGGCAACAUUUAUCAAAUUUUAUUUUUUUAAAUUCCUUUCACCAUGCAACAAAAAUAUUUAUUUUACUAUCAAUUUCAUGUUGCCUAAUUUAUAUCUAAAUUCAUAUAGCGAGUGAUGGCGCUAAUUAAAGUUAGCCUGCCUCAGCUUAGCUCCCAUUGAUAAGUUGAUUGCUAUGGUAACGGUUUGACUUUGUAACGUCUGACAGAUCGAUGAUUUUGGAGAUUUGGGAUAAAUGUGCGUAUCGGUUAUUAGGAGGACAUACAGAACGUGGGCAUGGACCAAAUGUUUCUGUCUCUAUUAUGUGAUCUUCUUCAGUAAGGAUGGAAUUCAUACUCAGUAUUCAGAGAUAAUACACAUAUUUAAAUGCCCAUAUAUAUAUAUAUUUGGAUUGACAGACGUGUAUCCGUUAUUUUUAGAGGAAAUGCUUCUAUAUGUGUCAGGACAUGCCUCGUCUAAAAAUGAAUUUGAUGUGAAGGAGAUUUCACUUAUAAUUCAAACUUGUUUUGGUUAUGUUUUGGUAUAAUUUAACUUCAAUCUUAAAUAUGCUGUGGUGGGUUAUGGUCUGAAAAAAUGCAGCCCACCGUCCUACACUCUGUUUAUCACCUGCAAUAAUAGAAAAAUGCACUACCCUCAACAAACUUAAUCGAUAGCUGAGUUGUGAGUGGAAACUAUUUCUCAAAGGAUGUAAAUUUCUCCUUGAAUCUAUUAUCCCCAUUAAUUCCACAGAUGGACGUAUGACUCUUAUUAAUCAGAUUUUAGACUUGUGUUGUCCAUAUUGGGAUUCAUGAUAUUUAGAUCUUCUUCAUAAAUUAAAGCUCUUCCUGUUUACAAAGCUUUUACAUCAAACAGGAACUUGAAAUGAUCAGUUUCUUUGCUUUAGGAUUAUUUAAACAUUUAUCUGUGAUUUACUGAGUUUAUUUUUAAGAAUUAAAUCCAAAAUUUUCACAGUAGAGAAAAGGUUUGAUUUCAACUAUGCGAUUUCUGGUAUUGCAUCUUUUUUUGACACAGUAUUGUCUUCAUGCUUUUUGGUAAAAAUGCUCUUCCCUGCUGAUGAGUUUUCCUUGUUUGAUGAUUAUGAAACUUGACUCGGGUUUUAGACAGGGACCUUUAUUUAUAGGUGAUAUUAUUAGCAGACCUCGGGCUAGGACACAAAGCUCUUUGUGUGAUAUUGAAUGUAAGAUGUUAUGUUCUUGUCUGACGGUUUUUUCCCUCUGCAACUUUACGAGGUUGUUUUGUAAGGUUACUCAGUUUUGAGUGUAACAAUCAACAACAAACCCAACUGUUUUCUACCCUGGCACAGGCUUUAGCGUGUAAUUUUCCCCAGCCAUGAAUCAAAGCAGCAGUUUAGGUGAAAGGUGUCAAAAAGGGACUCUGUCUACAACAGAUCUUCUUUAAUAUACACCAUAAACACCUGUGAAAUGUGGAAUCAAAUGUCUCAAUAGCAGUGUACAGACUCAACAUCUCAUGUUUUGCACAUUAUGUCCUUCAGUAUCCCAUGUCAAAAUACCUAUGAUCACUUUCCAUGGUGCUGUAAUGACACUGAAUUAUUUGAUUGGGUCAGCUAAUGGAUCGAUUUCUAUGGGCUCACAUGAUAUUGGAGUGUGUGUGCUUAUUUUGCAGUAAAGGUCACACUGGUGUAGAUUUUAAGUUGGCAUGCAUGACUCAGUGACAAGGUAGAGCUUAUGUGUGGGAAACGGUUUCAUCCAUAAUAUGAUCCUACUGUUAGAAAUCGAGUGAAGAAUUCCCAGGCAACCAUGUCAACAAUUUGUCACAGUCGUACUCUUUUUUUCCACCUUCCAGCUUCAAACAACCUUGUGAAGUUGUUAUUUACUGCUACAAGAAUCUAAGAACAAUAUGUACACACAGCUUAAAAGUAAAAAGAUUGCCUCAUCUGUACCUGCACGAUUUUCACAAUACUCCCCCAAGAAACUUUGACUACUCUCCUUGACCCCCAGCCAGAGUUCAUAUAUCAUAAAUGUGUGAAACACUGUUCCUAAGAUAGUCGGCUGUGCUUGCAAACUGUUUGCUGGAACCCUGACUUGCUGUUACUUGCUCUUGUUACAUGUCUUGCUAUAUUAUUUCUUAAAUUGCUGAAAAACAGCUCUGUCAUUUGUCUGGUUAUAGUGGGAUUGACUGGUUGGCAUAUAGUUCAAAAUGAUAAUCUUAUAGAACCGUCGUAUCUAUGGGUCUAUGCCAGUUUAUCAGCCCUGUGCAUCUGGUUCUGGGUGUGUCCCCUUUGUGGACACUUUUUCCUCAGCUUCUGUCCCCACAGUUUUGUAGCUUAAAGAGUAUCAGCUGUCUUCCUGUUUGAAAAGAGCUGCAGAGGAUAAGGAAACUGCUUUCUCUCCUGCAGUGAUAUAACACUAAAUACCCAACAGAUGGACUAAGGAGGUCUGGUAUCUUGUUUUAUGUCAUUUUGUCUGUCUGAAAUGUACUUCUCUGCCUGGUGUCUGGCUGAGUCAUCUCGUAGUCCCAGCUUGGCCAUGAUGAGUUGUGCAAUGUUGACAGGGAGCAAAGUGCUGAAGUGGGAGCUUCUAACAUUAGUUAUGUCCCGGUCACUGUCACAGUAGAAGGGGGGAAUGUGAAAGGUGAUCUUUCUGUAAGAUCAUCCAGCUUGUUUUAAGACAGUGGUUACCUAAUAAAUUCCACUCAUUGGUAACUUCUGUACCGCUUAGCGUGAAUCAUUGGCCUAAUUAAAGCUGUCACACAUUGGAAAACAAUGAUGCCUUGCCCACUUUUGUUCUUAAUAAAUGCAUUAACAGAUCACUGCUUUAUAGCUUUGGUCUGAGAACAAAUUAGCUGAAUUUUUUUUCUUUUGACAUUUCUUUUUAUAGCUAAUUAUCUAGAACCAGAAAUAGAAAAAAUAUGACUUAACUGACUGUUAGAUUCCACAGUAUUAGUGCAAAGAGGAGGAAAUAGACCAAUAUGGGUGUGCAUGUCUGUGUGUGUCUGUACUACAUACUUCCCUGCUCCAACACACCUGAUACAAAUGAUCAGCUCGUUAUUAAGCCAUUACAGAGCUUGAUAACGAGCUGAUCAUUUGAAUCAGAUGUGUUGGAGCAGGGAAACAUCCAAAACAUGCAGGACGGGGGGGGGCUCGAGGAUUGAACUUGAGAACCACUGGUAUAACCUAUUAACAGGUCUGAGUUUCAUAGAUGGUAAAAAAAACAUCUUAUUGGCUGUUUGAGAGACUGUUCAAAAAUAUACAAUUUUGCACAAGACUGAAUGGAUUACCAUGGUGGUCAUGGGGAAAUACUUCAACACCGAUAGUCUCACAUGAUGCAGGUUUACAAUUGUACUUCAGAUUAGGUUAGCAUACCAAAUUAUCAAACCCCUACGUACAGUAUAAAGCAGUAUUGUUCAGCUAAUUUCAGGCUACCCUGAAUUCUUGUGACGUCUGAGAUCUAAUCUGUCUUAAUACAGUACAAAAUGUGUUGCGAUACUCAGAAAAUAAAAUGAAAUGUUUUAUCCGAUCAAAUAAAUUUGUAUAACAGCACGGUUUGUUGAAUGAGAGUCUUAUUGCGGUAUGAGGCGACAAAACUUAACAUUCAUUUGAGACCCGCUGUGUGCACUUUGUUUUUUCUUGCUGAUGAGCUGAUUAAAACAAUGUCUGAUAACAAGAAAUGAACUCUCUUUGAUCUGCAUUCAUUGUUAAUUAUUGACAUGGACUUUAAUAAUAUCUUUUCAGAUUUGCUUCCUCCUGUUUGCAGUCCUCUAUAUUGUGUCCUACUGCAUCAUAACCAGAUACAAGAGGAAGAGUGGUAAGUGUUUCUGCGAAAAGUCAACACCCCGUCCAUGGGAACAGAGUUUAAACAUGCUGGUGAAACUGUGACUGUCAUCCAUUGCAAAGAAUUUUCAACACUUAAGCUGCUCAAAUUUGUCCAUGGUGGAUCCAUUUUCAGAGAUAACAUCUCACAAGCUUGUCUGUCCAUCUGGUUGUGUUGCGUUUACACACAGACAGAGCCUGUUAUUGUGUUCACAGGACAUGACAGCCUAGAGGUGUGUAAGCGUGUGUGUGUAGUAAACCACACCCAUGUCAGAAUAAUAAUCUGUUACAGUCAGCUGUGCAUCAGUGUAAACUGUACCCACCCUGCAUUUCUGACAGUAAACACAAUUUGUCAAAUAAAAACAAUCAAUACUGACUUCACCUGUGUAGUUGAAUAGUAUUCAUACUGUGAAGAUUGAUUAGAUAUCAACAUCUUAGACAUGUUUUGUUCUCUGACAUUUGUGCCUGCGUUUGAGCCACAGCCGAAGAAAUGGCUGAAAAAGAAAAACCUGGUUCAAGUUUUGAAGGAGCAAACUGAGAGGACUGCCUGGUUAGACAUUAUGAAGUGUAUCCCAAUUUCCUGGGACAAAUUAAGUGUGUCUUGGUCACCAAGGCUUCACAGGCUACACCCUUUUUCAAGUUUUUUACCGGUCAAAUCCAGACUGCUGAUUCCUCCGACAUCUACUAGUUAAGUAGGCGAAUCUUUCACUCACAGUUCAGAGGAAAGGAGAAAAAUGUCUUCUUAUAUGCAGUUUUAUGAGCAUGUUGUGUGCACUCUCACAUAUUCUAGUUCUUUCCAUGCUGUUAUUUUACUGUGCAUCUGUUUCUUUUAAAUAUCUUGACAUGAAACUGUAAAAAGGAAGUGAGUGUUUGGUCGACUAAUCAUGUAUUUCAGAGUUAUUUUUAUCAUAAGAUGUGAUCACCUUUGACUAAAGUGGUUUGGUUUUCUUUGUAGAUGACCACGAGGAUGAAGAUGCGGUUGUCAAUAGAAUAUCGUGAGUAAAGCUGAUUUCUGUUGACUCAUCUGGUGUUGACUUGAGGUCAAUGCCUUUUAAAAUAGUAGCAGCUGUAGUUGGAUGACUUAAGAGCAACUGUUUAUGUAUGAAGUAACUGAGAAACAAGGUUUUGAGUGUUGAUUUGAUUAAAACUCUGCAAAGUUGAGUAAUGAUGACUAUUUGAAGGAAGAACUAGCUGGUAAAAUCCAACAGAGUUUAAAUGGUUAAACCUUAAUGUCAUAUGUUCCUUAAAAAUACAUCUUUAGUACCCAUCUUUUAGGAGUUAGAAUUCAACCCUUGUCUUUGUCUAAUAUCAAAGUAUGUCAAAUAUCUUUGGAUUAAGGGUGUCAGGAAAAAAAGUCAUUUGAAGUGUUCACCUUUGGCUUUGUGAAGAAAAUUUGAUGCUGUUUUUCCUCUAUUUUUGUACAUUUUUUAUAGACCCGAACAAUCCAUUAACCCAAUAAACCAUGUGCAGAUUAACUAUUGAUGAAUACAGUCAUUGAUGACAGCUCAUUUAACAAAAAUCAAACAAACUGACAUAGCAUGGCACUGAUUCACUGAAUACCACUAGCAGUCUGGAUGAGCUACAGAGCUGUGGAUGCCUGUAUCACAUAUCUCUCAGUUUAGAGUUACAGAACACAUCACAUUCAGAAGUGCCUGCUGGAGCCUCAUGCACCCCCGCAAAGCAGAGUGGCACCAAAGGGUCACAAAGAAUAAUAGAAAGCAUUUCAGCUAAUGAGCACCUUUAGAAAUAAAGUGAGGAUGGGGCUUGGUGCUGCCUUUUUGGGGACCACUGAGCAGAUGGUCAGUCCCUUGGGCCCAAUCUUGAGGCCUGCAGCCUCUAAAAAAAAAAGAGUAAAACAGGCUGCAAAAGCAUGAGCAGUGUUUUUCUUUUGUCCUAGGACAAGGGCAGGGCAGGGGUGGGGAAAAGUGUGGACAGUAAUUAAAAGUAUAGAUUGACCAUAGCCUACUGGUAGUUCAACCCCGUGGUAUAAGUGGUUGCAGUCUGUGAAUAGUCAAAUUCUCAUGUUUUGCAUCAGAGUAAAAAGACACCUAUAAUCUAACAUGUGCUGUCAGACUUAUGCUCCAGUUAUUCUUUUUAAGAUGUGAUCUGAUUGAAAAGAUAUUUGAUGUGAUUUUGCAUGUUUGUUUUGGUGUAAACCAGGCCUAACACAGUAUGUGUGUGUCCUGUUUUGUCUGUGUGUGUGUGUGUGUGUGUGUGUGUGUGUGUGUGUGUGUGUGUGUGUGUGUGUGUGUGUGUGUGUGUGUCUGUUUGCUUCCAUUUGCAGAUUGUACUUGUGCACCUUUACCCUGGCAGUGUCAGGCGGUGCCGUCUUACUGCUGCCUUUCUCAAUCAUUAGUAACGAGAUCCUCCUCUCCUUCCCCAAAAACUAUUACAUUCAGUGGCUCAAUGGCUCCCUCAUUCACGGUUAGUGGAUCACAAAGUUCACGAGUCUUUUUACAUCAUCAACUUAUUUUCUCCUCUUUCACAAAAAAUAGAUCUGAGUAUAUUUGUUUGCAUGAAGAAAUUAUGUUUUAUAGAUGCAUUACUGUUGGAUACAGAUUCUGGUUAUUAACAUAUGUAUUGUAAUGGUGUAGUCCUCACAUUGAUACUGACAACAGUAUUUGUUUUUUCAAGGUUGUAAUAUUCAGACACUGGGCAAAGACUAGAACUAGACAGCUAUUUUCAAUUAAUACUAAAAGUGAUUUAUCAAAGUUAUAUAAAAGAAUGGUCUCUUAGAAACAUAAUCCAGUCCUACAAGAAGUGUUACUGCUCAGUCAUUGUUAAAUCCUAAUAUAUGGUUUGAAAUUCUGAAGCAGUCAGAACCAGGUCUAUCAUGCAACUGGCUCAUAAACCAAAAAAAGAUGAGAGCCAGUAUGAAAAAUACACUGACAGUCUGCUUAUUUAUGUGAAUCAACCGUCAAGAGGUGCUUUGCAUUAACUAAAAUUUGUGGUUUAAUGUGGGAGCGUAGAAUACAAAUGAGGGAUGACUAAAUCUGCAUACUCCAGAGUGAACCAUGAUUUAUGCAGAGGUCAUUACUGAGAUAUCUGUAUACUGCAUAAGGGGCCUUUUCUUUUAUUUCCUUACAUGCCUUUUUCAGAUUAUUUAUACGUAAAAUUUAUAAGUGGGGUCGCAUAAUCAUAUGUGUAUUUCCAGAUCUUUGGUGUUUUACAGUUUUAUGAGUGUUUUUUUUUUUUCGAAACAAUGCUGUAUGUGUAAAGGCUAAGCUUAUGGACAAGAGUGUGAAAUCGAAGAUAGCUCGAAAUUCUCUUCACUGCUCAUUGAUUGAUGGUUGUCUUUGAAUAACAUCAACUUUCAUCAUCUAAUCAAAUAAACUAAAAUUUCCAUUAAAUGCACAUACUUUGAAAAGGUUGGAGAUGAAGCAUUGAGAGUUUUUUGAGAGCUUGCUGAUAUAAAUAAUAUAUUGAAACAAUCACAUGAAAUAAAAUAUGUGUUUGCAAGUCUUUUAUACCAUCUUCUUUCUGUUGUUCUCAUGAUCAGAGCAUUAUCAGGAUGUAGACCUCUUUUUUGUCUCACUGUUAGUGCAAACACUGGUCUAGAGUCAAAUUUGGGCUUAAUCCUGAAGUUCACGUAAAGCAGGAAAUCGUUUUAUUGUCUGAAGUAUGACUUUUUUAACUGUUAAUAUGUAACUUGUGCGGAAACCUAAUGUUUGGGAUAAGCCAGUUAAUUUUCUGUGAUUUAAAACCAGGCCACAAGAGCUGAAAAAGUCUUUUACACUAGGUAUAGGUGUUGGAUGCUAUUUAAGCCACCAGGGGGCAGCAGAGUCCAUGACUUAAACCUGGCAGUGAAAAAAAUUCAUAAAGAAAAACAGUCAAAUUCUCAGGAAGGAAAAAAAAAACAAGAGAGAUUCAUACAAUUUUGUAUCAUUUAUUUGGCUUCUGCAGGUUUGUGGAAUCUGGUGUCACUGUUCUCCAACCUUUGCCUCUUUGUCCUGAUGCCCUUUGCCUAUUUCUUCUUGGAGUCUGAGGGAUUUGCAGGAUCUAAAAAGGUACAUUUGUUAUUUUUUUACGCAUCAUUUUUUCUAAUGUCUUUACUUUGCAUUUUUAUCUCACAAGGUGAACAACUAAUAAAAGAACAGCAUUUGAAACUUAAAAUCUAAAAAACAGUAAAAGGAUAUUUAUUAGAAUUUUGUUUCAGAGGAGGAAACUACAGUCUUAAAUGAUGAAAAAACGAAAAAUAUGAAACUUUGAACAUUGAAAAAAAACACUAGUUUAAUUCAUCUUUGAUAUGAAGUUUUAUUCUGCUAUCCAUGCUUAGUCUUCUCUCAAUAGCCAAAGCAGCAGCAGGUGCCUAGUCCUUGCCCUCUCCCUGACUCACGCCACUGACUGUAACUGCCACCGUGGAAAGCUCAUUAACCAUGAAAGUCUGAAUCUGGACUUCGCCCAGCGCCACAUCCUGACAAACCCUUCCAAUAAGGCCAUAGGCUGCAAACGCUUCAACACUGCUGCAUCGGCCCCACUGAUUUAAAGCCUGAUUCCUUGUCACCCCCUCCCCAGCCCCCUAAAAUAAAACUUCAAAAGGACAGGCUAAUAAUCGAGUUGUAAGGCUCAGCGAACUUCCUCGUUUAAUUGAUUACCUCAAAAAAAAAAAAGAGGGCUGGGAGCUCGUGUUCCAAAAGUCCAUAAAGUCGCAGCAACAUGACAGCACAAUAGAGCCUCGCAAAACGGAGGGGGAAAGAUUUACUUUUAAUACGCCUCUAUCCUGUGUCACAGUUUGAAACCUUUCUGGUUUAUGUCCCUCCUGGCAAAAGCACAUAAAAAUUAGUCUGUACUGUAGUGUAUGGCCAGUUCUUUUCUUCCUCAGCCCACUAAUUUGUUUCAGUUGGAUUUCUUUUUCAGGCCCUGAUGUAUAGGAAGCAGGACACGGGCCUCUUUCUCCUUUUUGUUCUUUUUCAUUUCUGUAAGACUGUUUUCUGCUACUGCUCUUCCAUAAAUAUGCGUAGAGGGAACACUGUUCAGUGUUGAGCUGCACUUCCAGGUAUAUACUCUGAGUUUACUAAGGAAGGGGUGGAGGUGACACCCCUGUUUCACCUAUAAAAAAAAAUAAAAGAGCUGCCUGCAGAGUCGAUCAUGCAGCCAACAGCCAGAGGAAUGUAAAACACAGAUCCGACUUUUUAUAAUGUGAUAUUAUCCCUUUCCUAAUAACAGCAUUCGACCACAAUGUCAUAAGGUUUUAUGUAGCAUUUUAACCUCCUGGGCUAAUGUUAUGGCACUGCGAGGUCCUUCUGACUGCGGAAAUGAAGUGAAUGAUGAAUUUCACCUCUAACGCUCCAAGUCAGCCUUUUCAUGUGGCUGUGUUUACUUUUGACGAUGUACUAAAAGACGCCACCAGAAUAAAGAUGGAAAUGUGGAUUUUUUUUCUUUUUGUAAUGUUUAACUGUUCACCUCUUCAGAGGCUCUGUCACCUAAGUGAUUAAUAGUUUAACAAAUUGUCCAAAUUGUGGAUGAAUCAGGGCCACUAAGGCUCUUGAUGUCAGAUGUUAUGAUCGGGCUUUAUUUGCUGCUGUAAAAUGUCUCCCACUUUUACUGCUGAACUCUCAAAUCUUUGCAUCGAAGCUGCAUCACUGAGGCCCCUAAAGGUCGUCGUAAAGUUCACGUAUUAGAAACCUUUUGAGCGCUGUUUGUCUUUGUAACUACAUCUCUCAUUAAUGGCAGUCUUUUCAAAUAAAGGACAUUAUGUUAGGAAGUUUUUGAGCUGUAUGAAGUUCAUGAUGUAUUUUACUCCUCUGUUUUUAAUUGUCUCCACUUUGCCAGUAGAUGGCAUUAUAGUGAUGAGAGUCAUCUCUGUCAUCGCUUCUAAAAUGAUCAGCGUGUUCUGACAAAGACUGUGAAGACAUCAGCACCAGCCUUUGUUCAGACUUCUAUUUAUAUCAAGGGACCUAAGUGUGCUUGAUAAUUAUGCGUGACGAGUAUGAUAUAUUGAAGUUACUCAGAAACAUGGGUUUACUAUGACAACUUCCUGGUCUGUUUCUAAUGUAGUCAAACCGGAUUAUCUUGGCCGUAACACUCAGAUGUUUAUUAGCUGGAGGAAUCAAAAUCAAUUAGUGAAUUUGUUUGCUAUGGUAACACAAAAUAUGUAAAGUUAAUUUUUGGUUUUCAGACAUAGCUUUUCUGCAUCAAAGAAAGUAUAAAUAGUGGAUCGUAUGCUUUGCAGGGAAUAGUCUUUUGGUCCACCCCACAGUAUUGAAAUGUGUUUGAUCCUGAAACGAGUUGGAACGAGUCUGACCCCCUGACUGACCCAGCAAAGGGCCAACAGGUUUCAUCUGGUAGUUAAAGAAACUCCUCAUCAAUCUCAUCCUAAGCCUUAACCCGCCAAUGAUGAGAAGUGUGUUUAUUGUGGAGGGAGAGGAGUGGGGGAGUCAGGGAGGUGGCGGGGAGGGGGGGAGAGAAAACGUCUCGCCGAGCAAACCCUGCAUGGUGUUACUAAGAUACUCGUCUUUGUUGGAGCUCCACAAUGGGGGCCUGGAUAUUUAUUUCAAAUCUCCUGCACAUGCAGACAUUUUUCCCAGGCCUUCUUUUGGGCAGAGCCAGCCAGAGAAUAUAAAGUGGUGUUUACAUACCUUCCUUUAAGGUCACAAUGUCUCCCUAAAGCUGCCUGUUACAAUGUUGGUUACCAUGGCAACAUAUUAGUCCGAGCUGGGAAUUCAAAAAAAAAAAAAGAACAAGCAAGUUGCUCAGGAUUUUUCCCCCUUAUCUCGUGACUCAGUUUUCUUAAUGAAUCAAUUCUUAAAAGAAAAUUUUGCAGCUUUUCUUUAUUUUAAGCAAGAAAUCGUGUUCAGCCAUGUUUCUUUUUUUUUUUCUUUUUUUCAAUUUCAAGUCAUGCAGCCAGUCAGUAUCCUACUCACCGGCUUCUAGAUGUACUUGGUCUUGAUCUUUUGCAUGAUGGCAAACCCAGGAUACAGUCAUUUUUCUUUUAUCAGUCUGACACCUCUCUGUAACCAGAACAAGCUGCGGUCACUGUAGGAUAUCAAAUAAAACUCUUCAAACAUCAGACAGUUCUGGAGCUGCUUCCUUCAUUUAAACUCUUUAGGUUAGUGACUCAUCCAGUGAAUCAGUCAUAUAACCAACAGGAGUGUGAGGUUUUUCUUUUGGUUUUUUUUUUUUAAAUCCCCAAAACACAGUCACUGCGCUUACACCUAUGUUUUCUUUUUCCUGACACUCCCCUUCCUCCUAACCAUCUCACUCACAAUCAUACGAUGUGGUGCUGAUCAUGCUCAACGCUUUCGUGUCAUUGCUGCUUUAUUAAGAAGUCUUAUUAAGAGUCUUUAGAAGUUCAUUGUGCAACUCCUCCUCUGCUUUCUGUCUCUGACACGGUCACUGCCCUGUGGUGGACUGGUUGGAGGAUAAAUUAACAAGGUCUCUGGGCAUCUGGCACGUCUUUAGCGAGAAGGGCAGUCCUUUUUUUUUUUUUUUUUUUAGCUUGGGAGCAAAAUAAGUAGAAAGGCCUGCCCCCUUCCUUGGUUAUUACACUCUUGCCCCUUGUUCCACACGCCCCUGACAGUGAGCAGAAGGAUGGUCUGCAGGAUGAUCUCUGCCACCGCCUGCUGACCUGCACACGAUUGAUGGUGGCAGCCAGAAAGCUCCUCCACCACCAAACCUCUCUUUUCUUUUGGCUGAUUUUUCUUUCUUUCUUCUAAACACAACAGUGCAACUUCCCAAGCAUCAUCCGUCCCUCUCUUCUCCACCGUUGCACUUCACCAGCCGAAGCCUCACAUCAAAGACAGUCAACCAGAUUGUGCUUUAGUUGUUCUUAUGCACAAGCAAGGUGGAAAAAAGCUUGUGAACUGUUUCCAGGCCCUCUGCGGCUUUGUGUAAUUGGCUGGAUUUAGAGGUUGAUUUACUUGGCUGCUUGUGUGCGUCUGUGUGUGUGUCUGUGUGUGCACAUGAACUCAUGCAUGUUUGUUUGCUUCUGCAUAUGAAGCGGUUACUUUCCCUCUCUGGCCGCUACAUUCUUGGAAGUCUCUCAAGUCUUGUUUCGAGCAUAGCUGCAGUUAAGCAGCCCCCUCACUCGAUGUCGGUGUGAGGAUCAGGGGAUGCUGAAUAUUUCAGAGCUGCUAUAUUUAGAGGUAGUUACACAUUUAGAAAGGCAAGAAUAGAAACUUUCAGCGGGCGCUCUGGAUGCCAAGGCAGAGGUCUUUUUCUUUUUUUCCUUCCUUCCUUCACUAGUUGACAGUUUAAUCUUUGAUCAAUGACAAUGGGUUAGUUGGAUUUUCCUAUUUUUACACAAUAUUUGCCUAUUUUUACCUUGCGAUGGGAAACAAAGGAUGUAAUUCUAUUGCAAUAAUAGGUUAGGAUGGCUUUUUAGUGUGCAAUGUCAUACAUGUGGACAGAUCAAUGAAACCAAUCUGGUCUCAGAGUGCAGUGUCCUCUUUCUCCUGCACAGUCAAACCAUGUCUGACACUGUGGAUUAUCCUUCCAGUGAGGCAGGAGCCAGGGAUGAUAGUAAGGGAGGUGACAAGCAUUGCCUUUGCCCUAAAUGAUCUGAAUGGGUAAUGAUUUGAGUCUUAUAAAUGAUUGAGCGACCUAUCUAAAGGGAAUACACCUUCAGCAUGGCAUGGGCAGCUUGUUAAGGUGGACUGGUGCGCUUGAGUGGACGCACGUUCUGCCUCUGGCUCCUGCUCUCCUUGAUGCAUCCUUAAGAGAGCGCGUGUGGGACGUGGCUCAAGUCCCUGAAAGCAUUCCUCUCUCACCUCUCUUACCUCCUGGGAAUGAGAUGUGCACAGACGUUGACUCCUCUCCUCCAACAGUCUCUCUCUCCCUCUCUCUGUUGUUCUCUCACUUUAGUUUUCUCUAUCUUGUCCUUUCUCUUUUUUUAUCCAGCGGUGUGAGGCAUUUUCCCCACUGCCCAGUUGAGCUAUGCUGUGAGCUGCCCAACUGCAGAAAGCAUUCAGUGAACCCAGUGCAGGAGAGCAUGAGGCAGUCAGCAGAAUUAAAUGACGACGUCAGAUUUAUGACUAUAUUUUUAUGUAUUGAUACUGAUUGAUUGGGGAUUUUAUAGAUGUUUUAUGGCAAAUGGUUCCCUUAUGAGAUGAUAUCCCUAUGAUUUAUGUAUUGAUUUACAUUAUAUAUUCAUGAAAUUGGGUUUUUUUCUCACUGACUGACAUCCCCUCCAAUAUUAUUUGUCCAGUGACUGCAGUGUCCACAUCAGCCACACUGGGGCACUCCAAACCCUGCCCAUUCCUCUACCUGCUGUGCUAGAAAUUUCUACACUCAGUCACUCACUCAUCCUUUUCCAUAAUAUCAAUGUAAGAGGAGGCGAAAGGCAAGCGAUUGCUCAGUAAUAGCAUGAAGAUGCAACAGGGGAUUUUUCACCCUUGAAGAUGGAUGGAAUGACUGUCCAAAGAAGGGGCUUGGUGGGUCGAUGAUCAUGUGCAGACAUCCAGCAUGUCUGUGACCCAUGAAUGCUCGUGUACCAUUUGUCAGGCAGGUGCUUUAAAAAAGAUAAGAGCAUCAUUUACAAAAGGACUAUAUUUUAGGUUGCAUAUAAGAGGGGACAGCCAUGAUUCAAGUUCCCGUUCACAUGCUAAAAGACGGGUGGUUUAAAUGACAGUUAAGAGCUGGACUGGUUUAAACCAAAAAAGAAAAAAAGAAAAGCUAAAGCUUGUCUGAUUUAAUCUGCAGAAUUAAAACCAUUUCCAUUCCAUAAAGCCACUUGAUUAACAAGGGGGAACUUUCAAAGAGAGACCCCCUCCAUGUACCUGUUGGCAAAUACUGAACAGCAACCACACAGCCAUUAUGUUAGCUGGUAACAAAUUGCUCAUAUGUGCCCAAUUUAAGCAGCACUCCAAAAAGCAGAGAGCCCUUGUUAUCCCUUGCCUGCUAGCCUACCUGACAUGUGCAAGAGAAUGCCUAUCUAUCUCACAGUGCGAGACAGCUCAGCUCUCCAGCAGGGGGGGAAAUGGAAACUGUGUGAACAGGUAGAGGAGGACUUUAUUAACCACUCAGCAGUUUGUGACCCGGAAAACCCAAAUUACCCCAAAAGCCUCUCAUCUACACAGCCCAGGACAAAACCGUGGUGCAAAGGGAGCGAGUAAUCGGCCCCAGAUGGAAGGCCUGCUCUUGAUCGCAGACAGUAGCUGACCCAGCCAGGCAUCAUGCUCCUUACAGCACCCCUCACCCCCUCUCCUUACCCUUUUUAAUUUCACCUCUACAACCACCAGCCCCAGUCAGAGCCACUUUAUAGACCCCAAUAUGUGUAUAAAAGAGCUGUUUAACACAGGAAUCCGUGGGAGCGUUUAUGUCAUGUUUGUGUGCUGUGAAUGGAAAUGAUGGUGUUUAAUAUGAGCAAGGCAGGAAGGAGGAGGAAGAGGGAAAUGUCUCGUAAAUUGAAUCCUGAUUUUUGUGUUAAACUUUAAUCUGAAGUGGAUGAAAUACAGACUCCCCAACUCAGUGCAAUGACCACUAGUUAGAAUCAUGUGUCUAUGCAUGUUGAUGUACACUUCUUACAUUUUAAUGCUUAUUCUAACCCUGAUUAUGUCCUCCGUGCACUUCGUUUUUCAGGGCAUCAAGGCUCGUAUUUUGGAGACAUUUGUGAUGCUCUUCCUGCUGGCUUUGCUCAUCUUGGGCAUUGUGUGGGUGGCUUCAGCGCUCAUUGACAAUGAUGCAGCCAGUAUGGAGUCACUGUAUGGUAAGUUUUUGGAACAUUAUGUAUCUCUUGGGGUUAUUGAUAUUACUGUUUUAUUUUAUAUGAGACAGGUUGAAUGGCUAUAAGACUUCAGGUAGAUUAAAAAGUAUCAAGCAUUAUCUACUAUGUUUAGGCUAUCAGUUAAUUAGCUAAGCUUAGUGCAAAAGCCUAUAGUCAGUAUCACCACCAGAACCAAAGAAGCAAAGAAAUAGACUAUUUGCAUCUCUUGUGUAAUCCCUGUAUAACUCAAGAUGUUGAGAGGAGACAUUUAUAUGUUAUCGAGAGUUUAAUUCUGAAUAUUUUUUGGUGUAUAACUGUUCCUUCUUGAGUCUGCUUUUUUUAACGACAGCUUGCUUUUUUUUUCCAGAUCUUUGGGAAUUUUAUCUACCAUACCUCUAUUCCUGCAUAUCUCUGAUGGGAGGACUGCUUUUACUUAGUAAGCCAUUUCCCUGAAAAACAAAUAGUAUAAUUGCCUGCAUGUUUCUAAAAUCUCAUUUAUUAUUGCUGCAAUAGCUCUACUUCUUGUUAUUUAACAUUCUCACUAAUCAGGCUGUUUUUUUCUGUCUUAAUGUGCAGUGUGCACUCCUGUCGGAUUGUCCAGGAUGUUCACUGUCAUGGGCCAGUUGCUAGUGAAGCCAACGGUGAGAGAUCAAUAUAUGUGGUUGUUCUUUUGAUUGUUUGUAGUAUAAAGUUUAAAGUAUGACUUUAUUUGAAACACACAGUUCAACCUGCUCCUUAAAUCCACCUUGCUCCUCUGAUCUGACACAUAUAUCAGUCUCAGUCGGCCGUUUAGAUGUGUGACAGAGGACUACAAAUACAUCACCAACUCAUUCUCCCAUCUGCCAUCUCUCCAGUCCCACUUUGGGCCUAAUUAUAACCCAUUUCAUCUCUUUUUCCUUUGCUCCCUCCCCUUCAGAUCCUGGAGGACCUGGAUGAGCAGAUUUACUGCAUCCAUUUGCAGGAGGAAGCCCUUCAGAGGAGAUUAAACGGUAUGUCUGUGGGAGACGUGUUGGCACAUUAUAGGAGAGGAUAGGGGUUGACUGCCCUAUUGGGUGUGAUGGAGCAUGCCACACUGGAAUCAAUUAGCAUUGAAAAUCCAGCUACACACACACUCACUCACACACACAAUCAUACGCAGACACACGCACACCCACACACUCGCUAUAGCCUCUCCCUGCUGCUGUCUUACUCUCAUAACUUUCUGCUAAAGGGCGAAGCAGCCACCAUGUCCAGGGCCAUAUUUUAUGUUAAAGAAGUUUUUAGGGAUCCAUUUAAGACACUGCAGAGCCACUGUCACUGCUGGCAAAAUGAUUGCCUCAUUUAAUGUUAGGCCUAGAAUGGCAGCUUGGGUAAUAGGAUGGAAAUGAAAUCUUUUAUAAGAACUUUUGGCCGGGUCCUGUGGACAUUAAAGUGAUUUUUCAGUGACUGCUGAAAAGGUGACCAGGAGCCUUGUGCUGUUCAUGGGGCACAAAGGGAAAGUUUAAAGAGUUUAAGGAUGGUGACGCUGUUUUUUUUUUCCCAGCCUGCUUUUCCAGCCCUCUGUAUUCACAAAUUCCUUGUUUGACGUUAAAUAAUCUCAAAAAAGCAGGAAGUAUUUGGGCCAAGUUCCAAAAGCUACUUUAAUAUUAACUCAAGCACGCAACCAGGAGUACAGAUGCAAGUAAAUGAAGAGGAUGAGCGUCCUUUCAAACCAGGGUGGUAAGGGAGAUGGCUGCCUGAUAAUGAGGCAUGUUUUCGAACGCUACGCCGGUCACCUCCAUAGACUGCCACCAAUGCGUAUGGCUCCUUGGGGCUCAUUCCACGCCGCUACUGCUUUGAAGUUUCUGAUUGAAUAAUUGUAAUCUCCUCCUUAUCAUCUGCAGCACUGUUUGAUCUUUACAAGUCUCUGUGUGGCAAAAAAUAACUCUGGACAACAACUUAAUGUGUGCACUGAGGCCCAGCUACAACCUGUACAAAAAGAUGGGAAUUAGAGGCAAAAGAGGAUGUCGACAUGAAUGUUUUUUAUGCUGUACAUUCAUGCACACACUCAGUCAUUCCCGCACACACUCAUGCUAAAGUGGCGUUCCUUUGAUCUGCCGAGAGCAGACGGCAGUUCAGGAACAGUUCACAGGACACACUCCAGAGGCGAGCAAUGUUGUCUUCUUGCUUCACCUGUGUUCGCUCUGCAUCCAGCUCCUCCAGCAGAUUAUCCUCUUACCCGCUUUGUGUUUGUAGAUGUGGACUGUUGAGCCAGAUCAGUUGAUGCAUCAGCAUUUAUUUACACAUCUGGCUCUUUCUUGUGCUCACUAAAUCUAAUUGCCCAUUUGUAAUAACAGUGUUGAUGUUUGAAAUUUUGCAGAUCAGAGAGUAAUGGCAUAAACUAAUCUUUAGUGAAGAGUGUAAUGAAAUUUGUAUGCUUCAAAGUCUUGCUCCUGGAACAUUUGGGUUAGCAUUUGACUUCUGAGAAAUUUAUUUCCUCAAAGUGCUCAUCAAGUGUGUGACUAACAUAGAGCCCUUCCAGAAGUCAUUCUGUGUUCAGAAUCAGUAUUUAUAUUGGUCCACCUCGCGCAGUCUGCAACAUGGGAGCAACAUGUGGAGAACUCAAACUCCAGGCAAAAUGCUGUGUCUGUCAUUUGGACACACUUUGACUUUAGUGAAAGUAACAGUGAGCAAAAGGGAGUCAAAUGUAAACACUAGUACCACCAAUGUGUUUCAGCACUUAGAGCACAAUAACAUCACUCAAUAAGAAGGCUUAAAGGGAUAUUACAACAUAAAAUUAAUUUAGGGUCAAACACACCAUAACACCGAGUUAGACACCCCCUCGAGAGGUGAAUGUUGCAGACCGCUUGCUUCUCUAGUUAUACCAACUUAAUCAGAAAUGUUCUUCAUUGAGCUGUGUCACCCCGCUGCAGUUAUGGACUCGCCUGAGUUCUCCGUACAAACAAGCGGCUGCUGGAAGAGAGUAGGUGAGUUGUGUUUAGUCUCUUUGCUAAAGAAAUCAGGCAAAGUUAAAAAGAUGUUUGGUGUCUAGUGCUGUGGCUGGGACCCUAUAUGUACUGUUGAUGAAGUUAGGUGCUGUUCUGAGCAUUAUUUGUGGCUAUAGAGUGGCGUUUUGGUUGAGGUUUGUUUAUGGCUCCUCAGACCGCUGUGUAUUGCUAUCGUGCGGUCAUUACUUAAGUUGGUAUAACUAGAGAAGCAAGCGGUUGGCAACAUUCAUCUCUCGAGGGGGUGUCUAACUUGGUGUUACGGUGUGUUUGACCCUAACUUAAUUUUACGCUGGAAUAUCCCUUUAAUGGGCUAAAAAAGGGGAUGGACUGAUGGCCAGCAACAAGUACUUCUGCAAAGACGCUGUUAACAGCAGAUUCAUUCACUCAAAAUAAAAUACAGAUUGUUUAAUUUGUGAAAAUAAUAAUAAUAAUAAUGAUCAAGUGUAUUUGCCAUGUAAAUCCCUGUCAAUGAACUGUGAAGGUAAAAGACAAAAAUUGCCAUUAUUGUUAUAGAGAAAAAAAAGGGUCAAUAAAUCAGGAUAUUGAUUCAAGACCAUUUUGCUCCAGUACUAGUUGAAAAUCAGUUCGUAAUGGAAGAAAGAUCAGCAAGCUUUAGAACAAAGAUUUACAAAAAAUUUCUGGAAGAGUCAUCAUAAACAUUGUCCUCAGCUUUGCAUUAUUAUGUUUUGAUGCAUAGAGGUGGAUAGAGAGCUCCAGAUGUUAUGAUUACUCAAGUAAAUUUUAAAAGAUUAGAUAAUGAUUGUUUCUGAUCUGAAUUAUUGAUUGGCUUUGAAGAAAUUGCAGAAGCAUAGUCUAGUGUUUGGAGUGUACAAACACACUGUAGCACAGGUAUGAAGGCCUUCACACAUGCCCACACUGCCCUCUCAAACGCCUAAUCUGCUGAUAGCAGUGCAACAGAGUGCCGGUCCAGAUGCUCUGCGGCGUGAUGACCUUGCCGAUGCCUCUGAUGCCUCAGCGUGGUGUUUAGCAUAUGCGUGGGUGACGUCAUUUUUUGACUGUGCUGAAGGUUGGAAAGGAUACACUGAAUUACACUGGGCUCUCCUGGCUGCCAGAAGCCUCACUCAGCAUCUCUGCCUCACUGUAAUUCAGUCUUGUACUUGAUGUUGCCAGCAGAAGCGGAGAAGGAUAUAUUUAACUUCAGUCUGGAGGAGUGAUGUCAUCGAAGAUACUGCAGUUGUAUUCAGGCUGUUUCCCUCUGCAGCGCGAAACAAGUGAUGAUAUUGUUCUUUGUCUCUUGUUGGUUUUGCUCGUUUUUAUGACUGUUACAAACCAUCUAUUCAUAUGAUGUAUGAUUUAUCAGUCCUGGAUGAAGGGCAGAGCUGUCUUUGAAUAUGAUAUGCACAGAGGUGAUAGAUUAGUUUACUUGCGGCUGAGCAGAUUUGGUUUCCCUGAGGCAGAGUUCAGGUAAACUUGGGGGUAAAAGAGGGAUGAACUGUCCGUGACAUUUCCUGUUUUGUUGUGACUGCAUUUGCUCAGAGGGUUCAGACUUUCCUCCCUGUAGAUUCCAGCACAGGUAUCUAUGAGGGCACAGACACACUGUUCACUCUCCCUCUCUCUCUUCCUAACUCUCUCUCCUCUCCUGCCUACUUAGAGCCAUCCAGACAGGGUGUGUCAUAAUAACAGAGGGAAGAAAGCGGUUUGAUCAAAGUGAUUGGUCCUUCACUGCUGUAACAAAGAUGAAAGAUGGUAUUUUUAUUGCACGCUAGUAACUGUGUAACACUGAACUAAUUGGUCUUGAUCUGCCAAUCACCCCAGGGGAUGCAAAUGGAUACUCUUCCACUUUGGCUCCAGGGGGCCUCUAUGCCGAUGCGUCAACCUGGAAGGAAAACAGAGUAAAAUAGAUAAAUUAGCCCUAAAUGAGCUGGCCUUGUGGUUUUCCUGGAGAAUCCCUUGCUGUCUUCUCCAGCCCGCUCAACCAGUUGCGGCAUGUGCUAGACAGCUCCUGACACAAGAGAUUAUUUUUACUUGUUUGAGAUCACAUUUGUUAUGUUCGGAGAGGGAUUGCUUGUUUUGAUAGGAUAAAGAUAAGUCAGAUACCAUUAGACAAACACAGUGAAAAGUUAACAUGCUUUUAAUUAAGACAUCAUCUGUUUUUAUCUCUAAAUCUAUCCUAUGUAUGAGAAAUGUACGAAAACACUGUGAUCAAACUGAAACCUGCCUUUUUGAAGUUGUGAGGCAAACAUCUAUUUGAAAAGAUGUCACUAUUUAUUUUUAAUAAGAGAGCUGAACCAAAACAAAAUGGAUUCAGUGACUUUUUUCAAGAAAUCAUUUAUUCUCUUCUCUGCUGUUUUUAUCAGUUUUAAUAGAACGACUCUUGACAAAACUACCUUUUAAUAACUUAUGAUGAGCAUUAAGAUCCCUUUUUGAAAUGACAUGGAAAUUAAAAUAUGGCUCUGAAUGUAUCUUCAGAUUUAACAAUAACAAAUUAUCAUUAGCUGCUGUCUGAGAAAAUAUUUGGCCGACGCAGUACAUUUCAUUAAUUUCAGUGUGUCUUGUUCCUGCAGGAUCAUCCACUUAUGCUUACACUCGAGGAAGCUUUGCUCACACGCUCAGUAAAGAACUGGACAAUGUAAGGAAUCAGAGGAAUAAAUUGGGUAAGUAUUUGUAUUGUGUGACAGCGCUGAAAUAUUUCCUCUUAAGACCUUAAAUUUUCAUGGAAAUAAGUGCCAAGAAGUUUGCUUUUUACAUAUUGCUGACAGGCGGUCGCUUUCUUCCCGUCUGCCUUAAUUUCUUCAUUUGGACUUGGACCAGAACUGCCUGAUAAUUUUCCAUCCAUUUUAGGAUAUUAUAAAUGAGGCCCAAGCCUUUUGGGGAGCAGGGUAGGGAGGGAGGAGAGGGAGGGGGGAGGGGCACAAAGGCACUUAGGAUAUUGGACAAGAUGCAAACUUUAUAUUGUAGCAAGCCUUUUAGUGAUGUCAUUAAUUUAGAAGGAUGGUGCAUAUAAAGUGCACUUGGCAAACUUCUCGGGAAGGCAGGGUGGGUGCACUUUGAGAAUAAGGAGGACUAACAAGGUUGAAAAUGGAGAAAGAAAGUCAAUAUGGCAAGGGCUGGAGGGCAGACAGAUACACACAGUGAGUAAAGGGGGCUGAGGGUGUCCAUAACGGAAUAUAAAGUGCAGUCAGUUCAUAGCGCAGGCUGUCAGCAGUGUCUACAAACAUGACUGAUGAGCUGUUAAAAUUAGAGGAAGAUAGAAGAUAUCAACUGAAACUUUAAUCCGGUUUAGGGGACAACACACAGUAGUUGCCCACCACACACACAGAAUCUGACCAAAGUAUAAAUCACAUAAUUAAUUUGAUUCAUUUCUUUUCAUGCGGGAUUUAUUAUUGUUUCCACUAAUUAAGUCAAUGAUAAGUGCAGUUAAUUAAAGAGGAAGCGCAUCAUUUUUAAAAGUUAUGAAAUGACGAUAUAACCUGGAGGGGCUGGUUUCAAUGGGAGGUGAGAUUGUGUUUGAUACUCACAGUCGUCAUAUGUUUUACCAAACCCACCUGUACAACCCUGGUAAAUAAAGCCACAGGGCUUGAGGUUUUCUUUUGAUGAACGUAUUAAUUAACCAACAGUGGAAAGAAAGUGGUUUGUAAAGGGGGAUCUAACCCACCUUUGAUUCGUGUUAUUAAAAAGUUGUUUGUUGCAAAUUUCUAAGGAUUAGUAACGUCCCAUUUCGUCUCAUUCAGAGAGAAGAAAGAAAGCAUCAGGUUGGGAGAAGAACUUGCUGUAUCCCAUAGUGAUGCUGAUCCUGCUCGCAGGAACGGUGAGUGACCUAUUAUCAAACCCAAACAGUUUACUCACGGCAUGUUCAGCCUUGUGGGUGGCCAGAAGGACUAACACCCUAUAGCUCAAACCCCAUCCUCUCGCGGUUUCUCCAUGUUGUCUGGGUGUGGAAACUACUUUUGUUUAAUAGCUGUUUAAGACAAUGCUGAAUAGCCACCUGCAACAACUGUGAUUUUCAACAGAUUAUAGUGUGGGAACACUGUUUAUGCCGUCUGAUAUCGCUGUAUAAGGCGUAAAAAGGCCAUGUGAGAGGCAUGGCACGUGCACCAAACAACCCCCACAUUGUUCAGGCUUUGGAAAGCUUAAUGUUGGAACAGUUUACAAUCACAAGGCAGUUAUUAUGCAUCACCAUACCUACGGAUCAGCAAGGCCCCAACAAUUCAAUUAUAUCAUGAAGGCGUAUACUACGAGGAUUUGAUCAAUCUUUUUAUAGCUAUGUCAUAUGAAAACUAAUCUUUAUCUUCCUCUCCGUCUGCAGACAAUCUCUGUUCUUCUGGUGGCAUUCAAUAUCCUCUACCUUCUAGUGGACGAGACUGCCAUGCCCAAGGGAUCCACAGUAAGUCUACAUUUCUACCCCCGCACACAUAAACACACAGCCGCACACAACCCGAAUGUAAACUGCGCAGGAGCUUGCCGAGUAGACCCGCUGUGUUCCUGUCGGUGACAUAAAUCAAAUUCCGGAUAUGCCCAGAUGCAUGAAGAAAUAAAAGGCCAGACCAGAUGCUAAUCAGGCUCAAACCUUGUGGCCCUGGUUUUGUUUUGGAAGCUUAUUGAAAGUCAUUUCACAGCCGUGUGCCGAUUCAAUGAGCUCGCUACGUGUCUCAAGUCCACACUGUGUGAAUAAGCUGCUUUUCCUCCCUCCUGCCGCAGCACACAGGGCCAGGUGAAGGGCUCUCACUGUGAGGCACACUAACAGAGAUUCUCAUCUCCGCCUAACAUGCAAUGUGUUUUAAGCUCUCCUUAUCUCAUCUCAUCUCCUCUGCAGUGACAGAGAAGCGCACGCGUGUGUGCGCGCGAGUGCUUGCAUGUGUGUGUGUUUGUGGUUGCAUUCUUGUCUGAGAGGGGGGCAACAUAAUGUAUCCUAUUUCUCCCUCAUUUCAUUUCUUGUCUCGCGGGCAUCUGACAGAGUUGCCCUCGACAUUCCAAUUAUUUUAUUGAGCAGAGAUGUUUUCUUUGGCAUGACACAUUGCAGAAAAUCCCCCAAAUUACACUUGUCAUGCAGCUUGAAGCUGUCCUCCCUGACAGUGUGGCCCCACUAAAUGGUUUACGCAUUUGUUGAGCUGGAUGGAUGCCACACCUCUGAUCUCACAGCGCUGCGAGGGGCGGGGGGAAGGUCUUGUCCUCCAAAACAAUCGAUACUGAUAUGAUAUCUAUCUAUUUACCCCGUUAACCCCAGCCUCCAAACACUCAAACCAUCUACCCCUCAAGCGCAAGAGUUCUCCUGCAGCUACCUGCACACCGCGCUGAAGGAGAUAAGCUUGAGACGAGGGAAAGCGAUACGAAAAGAGCAAAGAGAGCAGCUGGUCUGAGGUCUGGAGGAGGUACUGAUGGAGCAAAGAGACUCAGACUGUGGGAAAGUCAAAUGAGGCCCCGAUGAGCUGAUUGUUGUUGGGGGGGAGAUCACAAUGGAAGUGCCCCGUCAAUGUUUGCCUUCCCUUCCCUCUAAGCAUCCCGCAGUAGUUCUUAGCAUACUGAGCAGUGACCCUGUUGCCUUUUUCCACUGCAGAGGAUGGAGGUGAGGAAGAGAAGCAGGUGGAUAUAGAGAAGGGGAUUCAGGGAUGCUGUAGAAUCAACAAGAAAGAGGAUAGAGCCGCCUCAGUCAAAAGACACUGUGUUUUACAGCUUGAUGAACAAGCACUAAGAGGAACCAAUAAAAUAGUCACUGCAGGCCCUCCUCUUUGGUAGCUAUCACAGUUGACUCUGUAUUUCCUGAAAUGGACAAUUAGCAGCCCCUGGACCACUAUUUUCAUCUCACUAAAGUUACCCUUCUAGUCUAAACACUCACAAACCUCAAUAAUAUUACCUUCUGUUGUUCCCAGCCAAGCAUGCAUUUAGCUCUAACCUUCAAAUCUUUGUGAAUGAGUGAGUGAGUGUAAAAUCAGAUUUUUUUUCAAUUCAAAACUUAUGUGGAUAAGUUCUAAGGAGCUCUGAUAUAAAGCUGGCAGAACUAGAAGUAAAGGUUCAAACCCAUUUUUAUAAAGAUACCUCAACAUUGUCAUUACACCUCUGACUUUAAGCUAAAACCAAUAAGCAGAAACUGAUUCCUGAAAUGAAGAACAAUUUGACAGGAUGGUCUUAAAGUGAGAAUAAUCGCCCCACCGAGACCAGUGUUGUUCCUCUCUUUGCCCAUUAAUGUCUGUGGCUCUGCUGUUAAGAGAAUCACAUGAGUGAUGGUGUAACUUUAUAGUGGGAUAAAGUGGAAUUAAAUACAUGAAACUAUGAUGGCCAAAAGAAAAGAGAGCAUUACUCAUCUCUUUAAUUACUUAAAUGUUUAAAGAUACAGCAGCAGGACUGGUGGACAUCCAGAGGAAAGUUCAUAAAGGAAGAGAAAAACGUGUCCACUGUAAUACUAUUUCAAACUAAGUAGUAUAUCUUUUAUAGUGACCUGAAUUGAUUUGCCUCUAAAUAUGGUAUUGGUUUUAUGAUCCAAGCUGACUGAUCCCUUAAAAAGUUGUUGACGUAGCAUUUUUCUUUUUACUGUCUUGUAAAGCGUUUUGUAGAGUAGAUUUUGAAAUGAUAAAUAAAGGUUUUAUUGUUCUUAUAUUUAGUAUUACUUUCAAAGCAAUAGAAAUUAAAACAUGACACUCACGAUGUUGUUGUUCUUGUUGUCAAAAGAUUCAAAAUGUUCACAGAAUUCACAAAAAGACAGGUAUUGUUAGAGAAAUUAAAAGUAAGGGUUUGCAGACUUUACUUUUGACCAGCUGAUGCACAGUGGCUCCUACUUCCAGGACUCUGCAACUGAAUUUAAUAGCCCCUCUAUAUAUUACUUUUAUUAUGUUUUUAUAGCUGCUCUUUUUAUUGAUUCUUCAGAGAAGUUGUACGUGUAAAUUAUCUUCGGUGCAGAUUAAUAUCGAGGGUUACAGUAGGAUAGAGAAGUAACAGUUAUUCAAAAACAAAAGAAGAGUUAAAAAGGACUUUUUAUUUUCUAUGUUUUUCUUUUUUUAUAAAGAACAAUUAAGAGUCUCCUUUCAAAUACAGAUAGUCUGAGUGUGGAGGUUUGUGAAACUCUGACAACCUUGCCAGUGCAGAGGUAUUGCUAGGUGUUAAUCUUACAAGCAACAAAUGCAAUGUGUCGGCUGAGAGAGCCAUGGAAGGCAACACAGACUAAUCCACCAGUCUCCUUCAAACACACAGAUGCAGACCCCUCCCUCCCGCUAACACACACACACACGCCCACACACACACAAACACACACUCCAUCACCCCUUUCCUGCUACUGGAAUGAAAAGAAGUAAGAGUUGAAAGGAGGUGCGCUGUGAAAGCUAGCUGUCCAAAGCGCACACGCAUACAUCGCGAGUGUGCGCACACAGUCUUAAUGCACGCCCGCCCUCCAUUAAUAAAUUACAUCAGAUGCUGUCUGCUAAUUCCCUGUGUAAGAGAGAAAGAGCACUGCACCAUGGCUCUGCAGUAAGCUCCCAGGAUGACAGUUGCAUAAAAAGGCAUGAAACAACCUGCCAGGUUUUUUCUUUUUUUCUCCAGGCUCUUUUGCAAAACAAAUCAAGUUAGGACUCUCAGGAUAUGUUAGGAAGAAUCACAAUAAAAUAUAAAUAAUAGACUAAAACCACCUGUAUAUAUUUUGUUCUGUGCAAUUGUGAAAUAUAUUAUUUUGUGAAGAAAUUGUUCAACAGUAUUUAACCGUUGUUUCUUCAUGUCAUAGUUAAGUACUGUGUUUGAACUGCAGUGCUAUGCAAAUACAUCUAUUUAAGCACAUGGGAAAGGAGAAGAUUGAUUUAUACUUAGGCUUACUGUACACUUUCAGAUAAUUGUAUACAGGCAUUAUGAUUAAAGGUUAAAGGGGGGUUAUUAUGCUUAAUUUCAGACUUUGUAUUGUUCUGAUAGUUCUUGUAGCUUUACAAGAUUUAAAACAAAAAAAAAUAAUUUACUUCUCUUACACCAGUGUCUUUGGAAAUCCUCUUUUUAGCCUCUGUCUGUCUUCCUCUUAGCUACUGUUUCUUCAAGACCUCCAGCACUUUGGAAGCUCUCUGGGAGCUUCCUCCACUGUUGUCAUGCUACAAAGUUGUCAUCAUAAUUUAACUCUAUUUUGGACCCUGAAAAAUUCUGGAGAGUGUUCCUGUUUGGUAAAUUUUCUGUUUAUUUAAAUACAUUAUGUCUUUUUGGAGAAUCACAAAUGUCAUCAUUUCAGCAAAUCAGGGGGGCCCUUGCUUAACUUUUGUGACCCUUUAUAACAAGCCAUUUAGAUCAGCCUGUGGUCCCAUUGUAGGAUUAGUGUAACACGUGCUUUCCCCAACAAUUUGACACUUUGCACAUAUUUCAAAUAAAUAUUGCGUGUAAAAUAUGAAAGCACAAUACCACAGUGUGAAAGCAUCUGGAGAAUUCAGCUGUAAGCAUUUUCCAAAACACUCAGAUAAGUAACAAAAAUAUCCCAUUUAGAUGAAAGAGAACCUAUUUUAGAAUCAAAGUAGAAGGUAAAGGGUCUCUGGCCACAUCUGAUUCAGACAAUAUGCAAAGUACUGAGUGUGCCUUUUACAGACCCGCUGCUCCCUAAGAGGAUCAACACCAGUGCCAAGUCAGACAAAAGCAAAUAUUAAUCAUUUGACAACACAGAUGCUUGGUAUGAGCAGGAUAUGUAGAUGUUUGUGUUCCAGUUUUUAAAGGUCUUAGAGGUCUGGGGGUUCGACGGGAGGUGGGGGUGUAAGGAGGGUUAUUCACCUAGUGUGUUUGCUGAAGUAUUUGUUUUGUUGUUUUUCUGUUUUUGGCAUGCCUUCAGCACAUACACUCCUUACCGUAAGCAAUGUGCCGUUUUUGUUUGAACACCUGUUCACAUAUUGUAUGAUCGACAGUGAUUUGAAAAGAGUCUCUUUCAUCUUGUUCCAUUCAUUACUCAGCCAAUUUGAUUUCGUCUCUCUCAAGGGGGAAAUUCUUUGUGCAUGGCACACUCACUUUGCAGGAUUUCUGUAAUUGCAUGUAUGUGCAAAUGCCUGCAGUGCUCUUGUUUCUCAUUUUCUCCUUUUGAUUUGUGAGACUGGUCCAUGAGGACAUUGAACAACCCUUUUUUUUCUGUCUGUGUCUUCCAGGACCGAGGCAUUAGGAACACCUCUCUGUCCGCAUUUGGCGUGGCUCAGGCAGCACUCGAGAUCAUCCUCAUGUUGUAUCCUUUUAGUGACCCCCCCGCCCCACACACACACACACACACACACACACACACACACACACACACACACUCACACACACCUUUUGUGUGUGGCUGCAGUACCAUGCUCCAUGGCCAAGAGCAACACUGUCAGGGCAGCUUUGUUUACCCAGGACAUAGUUAAGCUGGACACCUUCCGGGAAACAACAUGCUGUUUCGUCACCUUUUAUCAUAGCUGAAAAGGUGCAGACUCAGUGAAGCUGCUUUCCACUGAGCAGAGGAGUGUUGUUGGUCCUUGAUUGAUUUGCUGAACAGCUACUUGAUGGUGUCUUCUGUCGUUGGCUUCUACAGCCUGCGAGUCUUUGAAGUCCUCACCCCCAGGAAGGAUGACACAACCAUGACAACGGUAAGGAUGGGAUCGAGAGAUGGGGUGAAGGGUGAGGUGGGGGCAAGGCUGCUGAGAUUCCUAAGGUCCUGAAGUGUUUGUGACCCCCCUGUGUCUUCAUCUACUUCCUCCCUUUUCCCCCCUUCUGUCUCCCACCUUCCAAACUCCUACUGCUCACUAAUGUUUUCCUCGGCCCCUCAAUGGCUGCAGUUGAUCUGUCUAAUAUUUGUUUGUGGGCUGCGCAAACACUGGCAAAGUGCAAGCCCCCUUCUUGUACAUCAGAGGGACAGUGGGUUUUUUUUGGGGGGGAGGUGGGGGAGGAUGUGUGCUCUCUUUGGCCUAUAGUGGCACCCAUUCACUUGGUAAUGAGUUUGGUAGUGGUGAGGCUUGUUAACUAGCCAUGACGCUCCAGUGAAAGGGCUUGAAAGGACAUAAGAAAACCUGGUAAUGAGCAACUUCAGAGGUAAUAAUUGUACAAUCUGUGGAACCAGUUUAACAUCAAGUGCUGUGUGCUAAUGUGUGGGCACAUAUUUGCCUUUUCCUCAUGCGUCUUACUGUUGUUGAUUUCAUAAAAUGUAUAAUGUGUGCAAAAAAGAUGUGAAAUCUGAGCUUUAUCUGUUCUGUCUUUUAGAUCAUUGGUUGUUGUGUGUCCAUUUUGGUACUGAGUUCUGCUCUGCCAGUGAUGUCCAGAACUCUAGGUGAGUAGAUCUGAUCAUUUUUGUUUUGUAAGCCAAGGCAUGGCCAAUAUACUAAAAAAAGCACAUUUCAGCUACAAGACAAUAUGAAGUGUUCUACACAGGAGCCUACAAGAUAGAUGACAAAAGUCAGAGAAACCUUAAAAAUGAAAAUCAUGAAGAGGAGACAUUUUGAAGUGGCUGAAACAGGCCAUUACAAAUUAAAGCGAAAGAAAGAAUAGAAGUAGCCAAAUGUGGGCGUGUCUUUUCCAUGUUACACCUGGCCCAUAUGAAGACUUCAAAAAUUCAGUUUGUUUUACAUCUUAAUGAGAGAAUCAGUGUUGCACUCUUCUACCCAGGCUAUAGCCAGUGGUCACUAAGGUUAGCAUCAAGGCACGAAAGGAGGAAAAACAGCCGAUUUCACCCUCUGGAGGCAGCAUAGCCAACCAAACAGUCACUUAAGAGCUCGUAACUACAUACUUAACAUACAGUUUGUGAUGUCUGAAUAAAAACUACACUUUUUCUUCCUCUUACACCACUUUUUUGACUCAAAGAAAAUUUGUUGCAUGUUUGUUACCAUUAGAUUAGCUGGUGCAUGAACUGAACUAUGACUUUUGGAUCGGGUAUCUUAAUUUCUAGUUUCAAGUCUGAAGUUACCCUAAGAUUAUCUACUGUACCUCUUUAUUUCAUACAAGAGCCAAUCUAAUCUGAGCUUUACCUUGCUGCAAACAACUGGAAAGAAAAUAUGCCCCUCCCCCACUGGCUAGUUGAAUUCUCCUAUAGUUUCCCAUAGUGACAUUAGACUGGGUGAGGGGGUAAAAAUGACAGGAGAAGCAGCAUCACAAUGGUACUAAUAAACAUGCAGAGUGCAGAGCACAGCUGUUCAAAUAGCUCUACCCUGUGUGUGAGUGUGUGUGAAGAGAGACCAACAGAGUGGGAAAAUGGAAUGGAGUGAGCAUACAGUGACUCAUUGGGGGCUUUACAAAAUAUCAACAGGUUCUGCUUUGUGGCGCUGAAUAGAUAAAAAGGAAUAAAUGCAUGAGACAGAGUUGAAGAGAAAAAAAGGCCUCAGAGAGGAUGAAAAAAAGACUGGGAGAGUUGAGUGUGACAAAGUGAGAUGUUAAGAAGGGAGAAAGGGUUUUGUAUGCUGUGUUUAUAGUGCAUGUCAGUGUGGGAGACAUGCACCGUAUAAGGAGAUGAAGAGCCCACAGAACAGAAGACAUGCUAAAAGACUGUCAAUAUUGAUGACAUAGGAACAAAUAGAAACAUAUUUUAAAACAUAUAAAAGCUAUUUUUAAUUUAAAGUUCACAAAAAAAGUUUGUGUCAAGUUCUGAAACUUGUUCUCUUCACUAAAUCUUUUUUAUUAUUAUUCUCAUGCAUCAAAUAAUAAUAAACCCAAGGUAAUAGUGACGUCAAAUGAUUAAUCUACUGCUGCUCUAAACUUUAAGUUAAGACCAUUUCAUUUUGAUAUCCACAGCACAUGGUCUGCUCUACUGCACUGUUCUGUAGACCGACCCACAACAACCCUUUACAAGUCUCCAAGUCCUGUAACGCACCUCAGCCACCAUCAUGCAUCUCACUUUAGUACUGAUCUGCACUAGUUUUACAUUGUGAUGUUAUUUCAUAUUGCAUCACAGCAUUGCAGAAGCAUGAGAGGUAAACAGCAGGAUUUGACAUACACAAAACACGCGCACACAAUGUUUCACCCGGCCAUCUCUGCUGGUUUAAAGUAGCGUCUCUGUGGGUGAAAUUGGAAAAUAAAUCUGUUGAUUCCCAUAUUGAGGAUACGGUAGAAUACUGAUUUUUGGUGAGACAUAAAUACAGUUUUCAUAUGACAAAAUCAGGCGGAAUUAGAGUACACUGCUGUAUCAAUAUUUUGUCCGAUGCCUGCAUAGAUGAUUAUCUGCAGGACACCGUCCAGCAUUCAGUGGCUAUAGUUAAACAACAAGCCAACACAUAGUGCGGUUGGGUUUUCUUUUAGUUUGUUGCACGUUUUCAGAGCUGUCAUGGAUAUCUGCCGUGUAUGUCGUGGUCUUUUAAUUUGUUAAUAGCCAGAGGCAGGUUCUCGCAUUAGAUAUUGAGUAUUCCUCACAUGCAGAGAAAGUUAUCUCACUUGUGCCUUACAUUCCUGAUGACACGUGUUUCAUCAGUGUGACCAGCAGCAUGCCAAUAUCUCCUGCCACUGUUAGCCGUCCAUUUCAAAUGUCAAGCAUCUUUUUACCCCCAAUUAGAUUUUCUUAAAUUACCGAACCCAGAUCAAAACCUCAGGCAUUAGACAUGGAUGUAUUCAGACCACAGUGGCAGGCUGUAUCGACUGGGGUCUCCAUCAUAUCUCUCUCUGGCUCUUCACAGGCAAUUUUGUUAAAGGUCCUUGAUGCUUGCAAACUGCUUACUGCGGCUGUAAAUACAUCUCUCUAGACACUGAAUCGAUCGGAUGGUCUAAUUGACGACAAAGGUUGUGAAGAUGUUACUGGUGAAGUAGAAUGUGAAGAGACUCAUGCUUCUCAACUGGGCCACAUGUCAAGAUCAUUUCUGCAUGCAAGGAAUUCUCAUGGUUGCAUAGAUUCAGAAUAGGGUUAUAGUAAUUAACUGUGCAUGCAAAAUGAAGAUCUCCAUUAAUAACGUUGAAAGAUUGUGCGUAUCUGUGAGUAUCAUCUCUGUAUUACUUUAUUACUGGAUGUCACAGCAGGUAGAGGUCCAGGUCAGGUGCUCAUGGCUUCUAAGGUAGCUGUUAAAGAUUGUUUGAAAUUGAUGUUGGUAUAUAGAGCCUCCACAAGAUAGCUCCUCUUUCUCUGUCUUAAGGGCUUUAGAGAGAGAGAGAUGAAGUCCACCUGCACACCACCUUUGCUGCUAUAUUUAGUCCACUAAGUUCUGUAGGGAACAGUCUUCCCAAAACUGCUAACCAAGACACAAAGUUUGCAGCUCAUAAUUCAUGUGAUAGCGCUCUGUAACCUCUGCUUUUUGUUAUUGCUUAAAGUAGGUGUAUCAUUAACAAGUUGGCUAACUCAGGUGUGAAUUACAUAGAUGUUAUCUUCAUGUCACCAUAUUUUUCACAUGACAGAAACUGAUGAAAAUUAAAUACAAGUAUCCAAACAAGAAAUCAUAGGAAUUUUGAUUCAGCUUUGCUGUUGUCAAGCUGAUAUUGUUUUGUUUGGAAUCACUUUCCUUUCUUUCUUUCUUACGGUCCUUACACACCGGGACCGACACAAAUAUACAACGCGAAAUUACGCCUGACUAUACACAUCAAACCUGAUGCGAUUUUGCGACUUUCCGGGGGGGAAAAAGACGCGUCCAGGGUGGAAGCGAGAAGACUGACACAAAACUGGACUGACUGUUUUUCAGUUCUGAUUAGACACUAGUGUUGAGAUGUCUGUCUGUCAUGAUAGCAUGUACUGAGUCGGGGCCAGUACCAGAUAAGCACAUUAAACUAUAAUUCAUAAACAUAAGGUAACAACCGAGACCUAAUGGUGCUGUGACAGCAACGCGAUUGAGUUUGAGACAGUGAAAAUACAUAUGGUAUGUUGUAUCUGAACAGGUUAGCUUACGAGCUAAAAUUACUUAGCACAGAUGAAAGUUAAAACAAAGACGUUUAGCAAACUGUUAAAGCACACAAACCAUCGUCAUAUGAGAAAUCCGAAGCUAUGACUCUCCACAAGUUGUCCUUCAGGUCGUUGUCUUUGUAAUGUUUGUGUUUUUUUAUCAAAAAGCACUCUGUUCUCCGACACGUAAACAAUCAGCUGGUCGGCCAUGUUGGCUGUAAAGGUGAAUCCGACGUCGCAACAACACGAAAUCUGAUCGGUCAGAAGUGGACACACAGUAUGCAAAACUUCAGAAAAAUUGACCGUAAUCCAAAAAAAAUAAAUGCUGCAAUAUCGCAGGAUGGGAAAACGUCACUGAUGUGAACGCUUGUAUUGACAGGAUACGGGUUGGAAAGAAAGUAUUGACGUCCAAAAUAAUCGCACAAUAAAAACGGUCCCAGUGUGAAAGGACCUUAACUCUCAGACUGGACUGUUAUACUCCUUAAAAUAGGGGAGCAAUGAAAAGAUACACAUUUAAAACACCUUAACUAAAGAUAAAAUCAAAUCUUAUUAGUGCCAUUUGGUGACGCCUUAAGCUUUUGUUGAAAGUCGUUUUCUCAAAAAAUAGAAUCCUUUCAGUGAGGCACCAUGCUUGUUGACCACUUUGUUUUUCAAGAUUUCUUGCCAUUAAAAAUAUUUGCUGGAAAAGUGAUUUCAUGCCUCUUAGUUGAGUCAAACAUAAAUGCUGUUUAUGCUGUUAGAGUUGUUUCAGAGACGUCUUUCCCCAGUAGGUGGGAACUUAUUAACUUGCUGUCUUUGACUUGUUUUUUUCAUGUCGGUUUCUCCACAGGUAUCACCAGGUUUGAUCUCUUGGGAGACUUUGGGAGAUUUAAUUGGCUGGGAAACUUUUACAUCGUCCUUUCCUAUAACCUGCUGUUUGCAGUCGUGACCACGCUCUGUCUUGUGAGGAAAUUUACCUCAGCAGUACGAGAAGAGCUUCUGAAAGCCCUGGGUAACUUUGUCUUUGUCUUCAUAUUUCUCAUGUGAAGAAACUGCUCCUAAAAUAAUUUCAUAGAGCUCUAUGUAUUCUCCCUUCGUCUUUCUCACAGUCCUUGUUUUUGCUUUACCAUAAAUUAUGAAGUAGAUCAUUUUAAGAUGUAACAAGAAAGGUCAGGUCCCAAACACCAACAUCACCAACCUGCUCUGCGGUUGUGAAGGGCAAAAGUGUUAAUUUCUCUGGCAGCAUAGCCAAGAGUGAUAGAAGAAAUUCAGUGAGAUCCAAUGUGCUGCAGGACUGACAUGUGACAGAGGAUGGAGCUAGUCUCAAAAGCUGGUGGUGACAGGCCUCGGGUGUUUGAUACACAGGAUGGGAUAGGGUUAGAAAAUGUCAGACAGAGGCAGUGAGGGGGAAAAAAAAAGCACAUCAAUACCUCUGUCUAAGUGAAAGUCUGAGGCUUUUUAAUGAGAUUUCUCUCCCUUAUCUCCCCCUGCCCAGGUCUGGAUAAAUUGCAACUGUCAAACAGCCCCACAGACCCUGAAUCUGGGAAGCUCUCGGCCAACGGGCAUCAGAAAACUCUGUGAAAGGGACAAUAGAUCAACACACACCUACACACACACACACACGCACACACACACACCUUAGCACAGCCAAAGGGAGAUUUCGACAGUACUGCCUGACUGCUGAAAGGUGAAAGGGAUUGGAAGGAACUUAAUAAACCUGGGCAGUGUCUGACGGAUGCUGCAAAUGGAGGCUGAGAGCAAUUUAGCUUCAUGACAUUCCAUCCUGUGCGUCUGGGAUGGAGGCGGAGACAGAUUCAGGGACGGGGCCGGAGAGUGACAGACUGGCAUCACUGCAGUCACCUUGAUGCUGACCUCAACCAUGACUGUGACUUUAAACCGACCAUCUCUCGCUUCAGGGUUCGCUCCCCCAUGCCCCUGCUUCACUACCUGUUUCACCUCUACAGGACCCCUCACUAAAAUACGAGACAAAAGAGAGUUGAGAAGGUGAAAUAAUACACCUUUUGUAAGUUAGUUUUUACAUCUAGCUUAAUGGCAGAGGUUUCUCUCCCAUCAUCCUGCUCUUCCCAACUGUUCUGUUAAGACUCAUUUGGUUAUGUCAGUAUGUCCACAGCAAUCAGUGUUGGUGGAACAUGGAGCAUUUACAGUUUUAGUCUUCAGUAAUUGGUCUUUGAUUGUAAUGUGAUCUGACAGAAGGUUAAUAAGGUGUCAUACUGUUAUAUUUAAUUUGUUAAAGCUUCACAUUUGAAAACAACAUGUGCUUCACGAAGCACAAAAGUCAUCCAAUCACACCCCUUCCACUACAUUAAACAGCACGGCAAUACGAUUCACGUUUUAUGCAUUAGAGCUGUCAUUCCUGACAGGCCUCGGAUUUUAGCACUCCUGCUGGCAUUUGUCUUUUUAUUUGGCUUUACACAAGUGCGCUUUAAAUUUAUUGAUGAUGUCAUUAGUGUGUAUGAAGUAGGGUAGGAUCUUUUUUAGGUGCUCUAGAUUAGAAUUGAGCUAUUCUCCAAAUGGGAAACUACAAGGGAGUUGCUGCCGCCUCAGUUUCGACAAGCUGUGGUGCAGUAAGAGCUGAUCCUGUGGUUUUUAUUUUCUAGGGUUUUAUUAUUCACAUAAUAAAAGUGAUCAAAUUUAGCUCAUCUCCCCAAAACAAUAUUUUAAAUUGACAGGGCAUAGAAAACUUUGAGAAAUUGUGUGAUUUUUGUAAAUGUUGUAUUUACAUGUACAUAUUAUAUUCUGUUUCAUACCUCUUUUGCAUAAUUUGGAUGUAAAUAGUAGCCCACUGAGGGUCUGGUCCACUUCGCUUUCUGGAUUUUGUUGUAAAUAGUUCCUUUCUUUUUUCAUAUACCUGAUUCUAAUACAAACCUGAAACAGUCUUCACAAACAGAAUGCAUGAGUGAAAAACUUUGCAGCCAUUAGACUCUGUGACUCAGGCCCCAUUUACAUGUUGUUAUAUUGCUGCAUAGUUGUCUAAACUGUGACGUUCUUUGUCUCUAGAACCACCUUAAAUGCCUUAUACAAAAAAGCAUCCUGCAGGCUUCAUGUUAAGGUUCUUUCUUGUUCUGUGUAGUUUAUCUACAUGUUCGGUAUGUGUACAUGAACAUCGUCUGUAGACAGUUUCACUGUGAUACCCCUGUACACCACUGAGUUUAGUCUAAAGCCAGCUGGUUAAACACACAUAUUGCAUCAAGCCAUGAAUGUUGUCACAGCAGCCCUUUCCAGAGGAUCCAUUUAAGACUCAAUCAUUACCCAUAAAACUUUAGCACUUGAUAGAAUAGGCUGGAAUGAUCUACUGGUGUUAAUUUUAUGGUGUAAUAGAAGCCACGUGUUUUAAUGGUGGCUACAAUGACAUGGUUAAAAAAGGAAGUGAGGAUUUUUUCAUGUUUUUAUGCAUAACCAUUUUUAUUUCUUAAGACAGAGAAUGUUUGACAACAAAGCUGUCUGCCAUUUGUUUUUAUCACUAGUUCUUGCUUUAUUACAAAGACUGGAUUUAUUAAAAAAAAAAAAAACAAGUGCUACUCUCAAUCCCCAAACUCAUUGUAAAGCCAUCUUCUUAGAUGGGCAAACCAGACCAGGGAAUGUUGAAUAACAGUUGACCCCUUCAUGUAAGAGCUCCAAUCACCCCAAAAACAAGGUGGUCUAGGCUUCCAGUUCUGAGAGGUAUGGUUUUAAAAGUGCAGGUUUAUCAACACUUCUGGGCAAAACAUUUGGUAGAUUGUCUUGUACAUUAUUUGUAAUUCCAUUUGUUAUGUGUAUUUCUGAACCUUUUUUUGUUGACACUUGAGACUGUGAAAAACCAAGAUAGCCCAAAGUGAAAUGAAAAACCAAAAAGUGAUUAUUUAAAUUGGCAAUUUUAAGUGUAAAUGAAUCUAACUAACGACUUUGUCUGAAUGAACACAAUGGAAUGAAUGGGUUUUUUUCUUCCAGCUCCAUCAUAUUUAGCAGGGAUGUGUCACUGUACUAAUAAAACAUCACAAUCAAACUCCUGCUGUAGUUCCAGACGUAAGAAAUCAAACGUCCAUUUUCCAAUCAAGCAAUCUUCUUUGGUUGCCUUUACCCUACAUCUCUGUGUUGUGUUUGGGGCGUUUCAAAGUUGAGAGUUGGCCUGUACUGUAAGUAAAGCAGCUUAUUUUUUCUGUCUCUGUCAGUCAGUCUCUGCAUGUAAAUUUUGGUACAUGUUUUGUGAAUGUAUUUUUUACAGUUUCUCAGUUUGCUAUAUGUAUGUUUCGUUAUUUUUUUGAUGUUUUGUGUGUUUGCAAAUAAAAGUAGAAAAAAAAAA